AUGUCCGGAGGAGUCGCUCUGGUUCAGGGAGCAAGUCGGGGUGUCGGCCUCCAGUUCUGCAAGUUCCUAGUCCAGUCCAACAAGUGCCGCCAUGUCAUUGCUACGUGCAGGGAGCCGCAGUCCGCGGAUGGUUUGCAUGUACUGAAGCGGCUCCACCCCCAUCUACUGACCAUUGUGAGACUGGAUGUACUCAGCCAGGGCGCCAUACAGCAAUGUGCCCAGCAGGUGGCGCUGACUUUCCAUAGCCUGGACCUACUCAUCAAUUCCUCCGCAUUGCUGCACCCUAGUGGCAGAGGAGAGACAAGCCUUAGAGAAGUCUCUGCAGAGGACCUAUCGUUGACACUUUCCACAAACACCAUAGGUCCCCUGUUGAUGGCUAAACAUUUUGCACCACUACUGCUGAAAGGAACUGGGGCAUUUGGAGCUCAGUCAAAUGACAGGUCCAAGCAGCACAGCGCCAUUUUGAUAAACAUGAGCGCUAAAGUGGGCUCUAUAGCUGACAAUGGCUUAGGAGGAUGGUACAGCUACCGGAUGUCUAAAGCCGCUCUGAAUAUGGCCACCAAAAACCUUUCCAUUGAACUAAAGAGAGGAAGUAAGAAAGUGAUUUGUGUUUCUCUUCACCCAGGCACAGUGGACACAGACUUGUCAAGAUCUUACCAGAAGAAUGUACCCAAAGAGAAGCUGUUUUCUCCAGAGCUGUCUGUGAACUAUCUCAUGAAAAUUAUUGAUGGCCUAAGC